AUGAAAUUAUUAUUAUUUUUAAUUUUAAUUUUAUGCAUUAACUAUUCAUUUGGAUAUGACGCCAAACUAUAUAUAUUAAAUGAAAAAAGUCAAGAAUGGGAUAUUGUUAAAAUACCAAACUUAGCUCUUGGAACAGGAAAUUUUGAAGAAACUCAUCCCCCAAAUUUUUUAUUUAAACAAAUUGUAGAACCAAGUUCAACAGUCCAAUUAAAGUUUAUUUUAGAAAAUGAUAUUAUUCCAAAAAGAGAUGUUAUGAUGGAUGUUAAUGGUGGAAUUGGUACAUAUUUCUUUAGGGACAAGUUUGGGGAGUUAUACCCUAAAGAUAAUUUCUUACAUAAUAAUGUAUGGGCAUCAUAUUGUGGUAAAGAUAACUUUGGACCACCCUAUUAUUUUAAUUAUACCUGUUUAAAUCGUGUAAUGUCGUGUUCAAUUUCUGCAAGAAUUAAUUAUGGUUAUUUCAACCAUUGUAAAUAA